AUGUGCGGUAUUUGGGCAGUGAUCGGUGAACAGCCGACCGCCUUCCAUCAUGAACAGUUCAUGCGAAUUGUUGGACGUGGUCCAGACCUUACUGUGGUGGAACAGGUUCAACCUGAAGUUUAUCUUGGAUUCCAUCGACUGGCUAUUGUUAUGCCUGGGGACAUUCCCAGUGAGCAGCCUAUUGUUGGAAAUGGUUUAGCUGUUGUGUGCAAUGGAGAAAUUUAUAACCACAAAACCAUCAAGGUGACAUCAAAUCUACAAUUAAAAAAUGACGGAAGCGACUGUGCUGCAAUCAUUCAUGCUUUUGUAAACUCAGGCUACGAUCUCCGCGAAGCCUGUGCUAGCCUAGACGGAGUGUUCGCAUUUGUUAUGGCUGAUGCGAACAACAUUUACAUUGGACGCGAUCCACUUGGGGUUCGACCAUUGUUCUACGGCGUCUCCGGAUCA